AUGGCUAUUCCUCUUCCUCAAGUCCACUCGAUCGCGGAUUGUGCCUCUUUCAACCGUACCGUCCUCCCGUUCCUUACCCAGCUCACAACGCUUCCAGCACAAUUACAGGUUGCAGCUGCAGCAAAGGAUGUCGACAGUUUAAAGAAUAUCUAUCUCUCGACGAACCCUUUUAUCUCAGCGCUUGGCUUUACACUUGUUUUAUCAUUCCUUUUCUUGGUUUUCUCGGAGAUCAACCGCAACUAUUCGCAAGUUGAUCGGCUCUGGAGCAUUUUGCCAGCUGUUUACAAUGUGCACUUUAUCGCCUGGGCGCGUAUGUGGGGCAUCAGAAAUCAAAGCUUGGAUACUAUCGCAGUUAUCACCUUGCUCUGGAGUGUGCGAUUGACAUUCAACUACUGGCGCAAGGGAGGUUAUCAAAUCGGCUCUGAGGAUUACCGCUGGCAAAUUGUGCAAUCUAAAGUGAACAACCGCUUUGUCUUCUUCCUCUUAAAUGUCACCUUCAUUAGCUUGGUCCAGCCAUUGUUGCUUCUCCUCGUCACUGCGCCGACCUACAACUUUAUUCUUCUUUCACGUCUCCCGGGUUUUGAACCGUUUGGGGUUCCAGACCUCGUUUUCUCUCGCCUCGCGUUCUUCUUCGUCAUUCUUGAGUUCUUCGCCGACCAGCAGCAGUGGAAUUUCCAGAACGCUAAGAAAGAAUACCAGAAGACUGCGCGUAUCCCUGACCAGUACAAGAGCCAGUUCACACCUGAAGACCUGGAGCGCGGAUUUGUCGUCAGCGGUCUCUGGUCCCUGUCUCGCCACCCAAAUUUUGUCUCUGAGCAAGCCAUCUGGCUCACCCUGUAUCUGUGGAACUGCUAUCGUACCGACAGCUAUCUGCAGUGGACCGGACUUGGUGUCUUGGGUUAUUUGCUCAUCUUCCAGGGAAGCACCCGGCUGACUGAGUCGAUCAGUGCUGGAAAAUAUCCUGAGUACAGCGAGUACCAGGCGCGUGUUGGACGUUUCAUUCCUCGCUUCUCGGUCAAACCCAAGUACAACGGCAGCAACAAGAAGACUCGCCGGUCUGCGAAGAAGCAGACGGAUGUUGUCGAGGAGGUACAGGAGGGAAAGAAGAGUCAGUGA